AAUGAUACAUAUGUAGACGGAAUAAUUGUGACGGUGUAACAAAGGGUCGCAAGGAUUUUGGGGGCGCGAAUACUACUUUGCAAAUUGCGGCGGUUUAGAGGGUCGCAAUAUAUUACGACACACUAAAGCGUCGCUAUUUACCAUAAAAAACACGUGAAACCCACGUGUUAAUAUUUCGCCAAAUAUUUUCGCCAAAUAUUUUCGCCAAAAAGAUAUCCCGCCUAACUCUGUUCCCACGCCCUGCUCCCACGCCCUGCUCCACGAUUUUCUCCCUCAAACAACCGACUAAACCCUCACUCUCAACAAUCAACUGCUCUCUACUCUCAACAAUCAACUGCUCUCUGAAACAUUCCUAGAGAAUCGCUCAAGCUUUCGGAAUCCCCUCAAUUUCGUCGGUAAAUCCUCAAAUUCGUCCACAGUUUGUAGCAAUAAUCUCAUUCCUCUCAAUAUUUAAGGAUUGAAAUCCCAGCUGGUUAAUUCGUCUUCAUAAUUGCCCAAACAAAACCAUCUCAAGCAUCUAUAAAUUAGUGUUUUUUUCUGGAGAAAUUCGUUCGUGGGUUGUAGAAUUACAGCUAGUUUGUUUUUUCAGAUAGAUUCGCCCAAUUCAAUCAAGAAAUUCUUGAAGGUUUGUUUAUUUUUUUACUUUUAUCUGCGGAAUUUGUGUGUUUGAUUUUUUUUAAUUCAUACUGAUAGUAAUUUUCUUGCAAUUUAACAGAUUUAUGCAAGAAUUCAACAUAUUGUUUUUAUGUUUUAAUUUAGGGUUAAUAUGUAGUUAGUUUCGAUCAAGGCUGUAUUUUAAUUACUUUUUAAUUUCUAUUGGUUUUCUUAGUCAUUUAUAUUGCAUAUAGAUUCUAGUUGUUUUAUAUUUCUGCUUAUUACAACAGAGAUGCUGAUGUUGUUGUUUAAUUGCUGUUUAAAUUUCAAUGCUUUUACAAAAUCAUCAAUAAUAAUUCACUUGCACAGUUGUGAUUUGCGUUGGCCGAGUUUUUCAUAGAACCGUAGCUUAAAUUUCCACCCCUUUAAUUUUUAUUCUCUGUUUUGGGUGGGAUUUUUGUUGAUGAGCUUCUGCGAUUGCGGUGGUGUUGGUAACUGCAGACUGUUGUGCGGGUUCUUUAGCAUUGGAUAUAGGAAGACUAGCAGGAGGAUAUGGAAUGGGUGCCUUCUCCUAUGUGGUACCUGUUUACAUUGCGGAAAUAUCACCUGUAAAUCUCCGAGGAGCACUUACAACAUUAAACCAGGUCAUGAUCUGUACUGGCGUCUCAGUGGCGUUUAUAAUAGGGAUAGUUUUAUCAUGGAGGACUUUAGCAUUAACUGGACUUGUUCCAUGUGCUGUUCUGCUUUUGGGUUUAUGCUUCAUUCCAGAAUCUCCAAGAUGGAUGGCGAAAAUAGGAUCUCAAAAGGAGUUUGAAGCUGCAUUUCAGAAACUUCGUGGCAAGGAUGCAGAUAUAACCCAUGAGGCUGCUGAGAUUCAAGAUUACAUAGAAGAACUCGAAAAGAUGCCCAAAGCUAAUAUGUUUGACUUGUUUCAAAAGAGGUAUCUACGUUCUGUAACGGUAACUCUUGAGAUCCCUUGGGUCAAGUGGGAAGAUGGGUGGACAUGGGAAGUGAAGGCACAAUUGAUGGAAGCUGUUGAGUGGCCUCAAAAGCACCAGGAUGCAUUCGAGCGAAUUGGAACCUGCCCACCAACAGGAGUGUUGUUGUUUGGUCCCCCCUGGAUGCAGCAAAACGCUCAUGGCCCGUCCUGUAGCUUCUGAGGCAGGACUGAAUUUUCUGGCUGUCAAGUGUCCAGAGUUAUUCAGCAAGUGGGUUGAUGAAUCUGAGAAGGCUGUUAGAUCUCUUUUUGCCAAAGCAAGAGCUAACGCGCCAUCAGUUAUAUUUUUUGAUGAAAUAGACAAUCUUGUUGUC